ACCUGUCCUGGCCCCCCCUCGCCCCCCCCCCACUUCAAGGCGCUCCGGCUGCUGCAUGUGUCCCGGCUGGAUCACGCGGUGCGCGCCUCCGAGGACCCGGCGCUGCUGGCCUGGCUGGCGGCCUCGCGCACACCGGUCACCCUGUGCCCCCUCAGCAACCACAAACUCAAGGUGUGCGAGGGGCAGCUGGUGGAGCGCUACCGCCAACUGCUGCGCAGCGGGCUGAUGCUAACGGUCAACUCCGAUGACGCGGCGUACUUUGGCGGUUACAUCAACGACAACUACGAAUGGUUCGCGGCGGCGUUGGGGCUGGGGGUGCGAGAUAUCGCUCAGUUGGCGGCCAACAGCUUUGAAGCGUCGUUUGCGUUGCCGGGCGGCGAGGUACGGCGGAGGCAGCUGGUGGCGCGGGUGUGGCA